CAAAGCAAGUACACUUUAAUGCAUAUUGAAAAUAUUCAUAACAGAAAAAAUUGUAUUGAAAAAAAGUAAACAACAAAAUGUACCAAAUAUUAUAUGUUGCGAUAAGUUUACAGUUUAUCAUCGCGUCGAAAUGUGAAACAUUACCUGAGAGUAUUACAAAAUGUCACUACGGAGAUAACAGGUGUGUAAGAUUGUCGAUCAACGAGGUAAUUGAGAAAUUUCCUAAAGGAAUCCCAGUGAUUGGAAUGAAAGCCAUGGAUGUUGUCAAGCUGCCAAAUGUUCAAUUCGCGAAUAAUGAUGAGCUCAAUGAUUUUUGGUUCAAGUUAAAGCUGUAUAACCAAUCAAUUUACGGGUUUGAGAAUACAGUUAUAUCGGAAGCUAAGGGAUUCGUUAAAGAUCCAACAUCUGCACAGAUAAAAAUUCGGGGCGUUAUACCCAAACUUGUCUGUGCGGGUAAUUACGAUGCCAAGGGCCGCAUGCUAUGGAUGCUGAAUAUUAAUGCAACUGGAGUUACUAAAUCAGAACUUAGCCAUGUAUUGUUUAGAAUGGCUUUAAGAGUUCAAACUGAAUAUCGUAAUAAUAAACGCUACCUUAAGAUUAAUGAACUUACACCCAAUAUCGGCAUUGAUCGCUGGCAAAUGUGGUUUGACAAUUUCUUCCCGGAAAAUCCGGCGUUAACCACUGUUAUUAAUACAAUAUUUAAUGAGAAUUGGUCUGAAAUUUGGAAAGAACUAGAAAAUCCAAUAUUGCAAAUAUUUACUAACGUACUUUUAAGUAUGCUGAAAAGUAUUUUUGAUAAUGUUCCAUAUGAUGACUUGUUCAUAUCCAAGAAUGACACCAAACAAUUAUGA